GGCGGUAAUGUACUACUCGGUAUCUGUCGGAGGAAAAAAAACGUUAACCGGAAAUGACGACACGAGCAGAAAAGGAGACGAGCUGGUGAAUGAAGAAGAAACUCUCCACGUAAUGAAACAAACUGAUCUUCAGUGUCUUCAAGUGAGCGCCUAACGUGUAACAGUCGAAGAAUUAGCUGCUCCAAGGGAGCGGUCUCUCCACAACCUGUGUGUCAAAGCGCCUGCUUACUAGUGACCGGGUGGGAUAACUGCGUGAGGUCAUAGUGAGUGAGGAGCUUCACUUAUGUGUGUGACGAUGGGCGACAUCAGCGACUUGGACCGACAGAUUGAACAGCUCAGACGCUGUGAACUUAUUAAGGAAAAUGAAGUGAAAGCACUUUGUGCCAAAGCAAGAGAGAUUUUGGUGGAAGAAAGCAAUGUCCAGAGAGUUGAUUCUCCUGUUACAGUGUGUGGUGAUAUACAUGGCCAAUUCUAUGACUUGAAAGAGCUUUUUCGAGUUGGUGGAGAUGUUCCAGAGACAAAUUAUCUCUUCAUGGGUGACUUUGUAGACAGGGGCUUCUACAGUGUGGAAACAUUCCUUCUACUUCUUGCUCUUAAGGUCCGGUACCCAGACAGGAUAACUUUGAUUCGGGGAAAUCACGAGUCUCGGCAAAUCACCCAGGUCUACGGUUUUUAUGAUGAGUGCCUCCGCAAAUAUGGCUCUGUCACCGUCUGGAGAUACUGCACCGAGAUAUUCGAUUACCUGUCCCUCUCUGCUAUCAUUGAUGGCAAGAUAUUUUGUGUGCAUGGUGGCCUAUCUCCUUCCAUCCAGACACUGGAUCAAAUCAGGACUAUUGAUAGAAAACAGGAAGUGCCCCAUGAUGGGCCCAUGUGUGACCUGCUUUGGUCAGACCCAGAAGACACUACAGGGUGGGGGGUGAGUCCUAGGGGUGCUGGCUACUUGUUUGGUAGCGAUGUGGUGGCCCAGUUCAAUGCUGCUAAUGACAUUCACAUGAUUUGCCGAGCACAUCAACUGGUCAUGGAAGGCUAUAAGUGGCACUUCAACGAAACUGUGCUCACGGUGUGGUCAGCACCCAACUACUGCUACAGAUGUGGUAACGUGGCCGCCAUUUUGGAGCUGGAUGAACAUUUACAACGAGAAUUCAUUAUAUUUGAGGCAGCACCGCAGGAGACCAGAGGCAUUCCAUCAAAGAAGCCAGUUGCAGACUAUUUCCUGUGAAGGUUCCUCCCCCCCCCCCCCAAUUCAGAACUCAGUGCAGUUUGACUGGAAACCUGGAAAUCCCAUUAAUCUCUGGCAAUGUCAAAUUCAGAUCAUUUGUUCUUCUCUCACACCUCUUCUGCCCUCUUACUCUGUAGUCCUCUCCUCACUGUUGAAAGUUUAUUUUCAAGCUAGCAUGUGAUGAGUAUUUUUUUUUUUUUCCAGAAAAAUACUCCUGUAGGUUUCUCAAUUUAUAUUGUAAGAGCUGGCCAAACUAAGGCACUGUAUUUACCAUCGUUUUGUCUUUUUCCUUUUUAAUUUUCAAUUCUGUAGGUCUAUCCAUUUUGAUAUUGUGAGAAUAAAGUUUUUGUAUUAUUGCAGA